CCCAGGGCCACUCUCGAAUGGCCUUCUCCUGUCAUAACAGGGUGAUGGUGGUGGAGCGGAGAAUGACUCAGAGCUAGGGGCUGGCCUGGGGCGCAGUGUCCAAUCUGGUGAAUGAGGCCACUGUUUCCACCCCACCGGCCCCUGCAAGAGGACGUGAGCCCACCUGAGAGUUUGCAGGGGCACUGGGCAUGCGGUGGAGAGCUGUGUGGUCAGUGGAGGUGGGGUGGAGGGCCCAGGCCACCCACUGCCCGGCUCCCACCUCCCCAGAAAAAGCCCCAGUCACCUCCCUCCAGUCACAGCUCCUAACACAGGGAGCUGGUUUAUAGCUCACCGCUGGUGGGGAGACACGAGAGCUUCAGUGGGCAGCAAGCGGCUGGAUCCAACACGCCCUCCCUUCCCCACGCCUGCAGCAAGGCCUACUCUGUCCUUGAAACAGCUUCUGUCAGGGACGCGGAACCAGCCCUCCUGGCCAUGGGAGGGGCAGUGGUCGAAGAGGGCCCGACGGGCGUCAAGGCCCCAGAUGGGGGCUGGGGCUGGGCCAUCCUUUGGGGCUGUUUUGUCAUCACAGGCUUCUCCUACGCCUUCCCCAAGGCGGUCAGCGUCUUCUUCAAAGAGCUCAUACGAGAGUUUGGGAUAGGCUACAGUGACACAGCCUGGAUCUCCUCCAUCCUGUUGGCCAUGCUGUACGGGACAGGCCCGCUCUGCAGCGUGUGUGUGAAUCGCUUUGGCUGCCGGCCCGUCAUGUUCACAGGUGGCCUCUUGGCGUCCCUGGGCAUGGUGUCUGCAUCCUUCUGUGGAAGCAUCAUCCAGCUCUACUUCACCACUGGGGUCAUUACCGGCUUGGGUUUGGCGCUCAACUUCCAGCCCUCACUCAUCAUGCUCAACCGCUACUUCAACAAGCGGCGCCCCAUGGCCAACGGGUUGGCGGCAGCGGGCAGCCCGGUGUUCCUGUGCGCCCUGUCCCCACUGGGGCAGGUGCUGCAGGACCACUAUGGCUGGCGGGGUGGCUUCCUCAUCCUGGGUGGCCUGCUGCUCAACUGCUGCGUGUGUGCUGCACUCAUGCGGCCCCUGGAGGCGCCCCGGCUGGGUUCAGGUUCAGGGCCUGGGCCCCAGCGGCCACGCCGGCGGCUCCUGGACCUGAGCGUCUUCAGGGACCGCGGCUUUGUCAUCUAUGCCCUGGCCGCCUCCAUCAUGGUGCUGGGGCUCUUUGUGCCGCCCGUGUUCGUGGUGAGCUACGCCAAGGACCUGGGUGUGCCCGACACCCAGGCAGCCUUCCUGCUCACCAUCCUGGGCUUCAUCGACAUCUUCGCGAGGCCCACCGCCGGCUUCAUCACAGGGCUCAAGAAGGUGCGGCCCUACUCUGUGUACCUCUUCAGCUUCGCCAUGUUCUUCAACGGCUUCACCGACCUCACGGGAUCUACAGCCAGUGACUACGGUGGCCUGGUGGUCUUCUGCAUCUUCUUCGGCAUCUCCUACGGCAUGGUGGGGGCCCUGCAGUUCGAGGUACUCAUGGCCAUUGUGGGCACCCAGAAGUUCUCCAGUGCCAUUGGCCUCGUGCUGCUGCUGGAGGCCAUAGCUGUGCUCAUUGGGCCCCCGUCGGGAGGCAAGCUCCUGGAUGCGACGCAUGUGUACCAGUAUGUGUUUGUCCUGGCGGGGGCUGAGGUGCUGGCCUCCUCCCUCGUGCUGGUGCUGGGCAACUUCUUAUGCAUUGGGAAGAGGCCCGAGGCGGCCACGGAGGAGGAGCAUCACAAGCCCCCCGAGGACGUGAAGGUGGACUCUCGGGAGGUGGAGCAAUUCCUGAAGACAGAGCCUGAGAAGAACGGGGAGGUCGUUCACACCCCAGAAACGAGCGUCUGAGCUGGGGGAGGCCAGCAGGGGUGGCAGGGAACUGGACAGGAACCAUCAAUGCUCGUAUUUAUUUCACAAACAGGACUAGCUUGGGCGGGGCCGUUGGCUCCACGCCGGCCGCCCGGGCAGCGGAUCAUCGCCCGAUCAGUGUUUUUCAGGGGAGGUGGCAGGGUGGAAACGUGUCAUUCCAAGGUGGAUCUGUGGUGAAGCCAAGCCGUGAGGUUAUGAGCGGUCUGCACCAGGGACCCCACCUGCUGACCCCAGGGAGCCCGGUGCCCACCGCUGGGCUCAAGGACCCAGAGACCCACGCUUUGGAGACAACACGAUUUUAAUCAGGGGGCAGGGCCGGGGACAGCUACGGAGUGGGCACUGCCACGACAGGCCUCCCUGCGUGCCCGUGAGCACCCCAUCCUGCCUGGUCUCCCCAUGCGCCCCAGCCCACCCCUCUUGGAGCGUCCAGUGGACAAAGGUCCCUCCUUCACCUCUGAAGGUUUGAGAUAAACCUGCAUGUGGGAGGCACCAUCUCAGAAGGAAUAUCUUCCAGGAGCUGCAGGAGUUUUGCUCUACGUAGGGGCAGUAUUCUAACUGUUCACCCCAAAUCUCACUUUCUUAACAAAUAGCCUGGUUAUUUUUACAAAGUGGUUCUGGUCCUUGUCAGCCAUGUCGGCCUUCUAAGCACUGCUGGUUCUGGACCCUGCCCUGAUGGACCCCAAACGGCUCAGAGUGUUCACACAGCACCCUGGUGGCUGGCAGGGAAGGGGCCACGCAGGGGUGUGUCCACUGAAGCUGAGAUAUACGUGUGGUUUCUGUUCACUGGUGUGUGUUUAAAGAAAAUG